CGGCAGGGGGUUCCAGAAAGGGAAAUACCGUUUGUGGACCCCAGAUGGCUCAGGGGCGGGGUGUUGGGAGAGAACAUGAAUUCUGACUGGAAAGUGUCUCCCUUUGUCCGGCCUCCUCCUGAGGCCAAGGCCUUAGGGAGGGUGUGUCCGUGAGUUGGCUAGACCCCCUUACACACACACACACACACACACACACACUCACUUGGAAGCUGAGGGUAGGCGUCCCCGAGGGUAAUGUUGCACUUCAUGUAUUUGUUGUUCAGGCAUACUGGCCUACACUUGGAGCUCCUGCUCUUGUGUGGUAGAGACUCAGGAAGACCAGUAGUCUGAGGGAGUCUGGGUUGUAGGAGACCCUGGCUUACCUGCCAUCGUUCUAGGAUUUUUAAGGUUUGGUCAGCUUCAUUUUGUAAAUGCCAAGUGAUAAAUAAUAAAAAAAGCAUUGAUACUGAAGAAAAUGAAGAGAAACCUAAAUGAAAAUUCAACUCGAAGUACAGCAGGCUGUUUGCCUGUGCCAUUGUUCAAUCAGAAAAAGAGGAACAGACAGCCAUUAACUUCUAAUCCACUUCAGAAUGAUCCAGGUUUCAGUACUGUUUCUGACAGUUACAGUUCCCUUCCUCUACCAACAGAUUGGACAUGGGAAGCUAUGAAUCCAGAGGUGACUCCUUUAAAGAAAACAAUGAGUACAGGGCAAAUAGCAGCUUCUGCUUCUUAUCCCCUGAAAAGUCAAGAUUUUGUGCCUAAAUCUAUUCAGUCAAAUGCUGAAAGAAGCCAAAGUGGUUGGGGCUACAGAGGUGACAACAGAAACACCAGCUUGAGAACUUGGGAUAAAAAUGAUUUCCGACCUCAGCGUAAAAUAGCAAGCCCAGCCCCAAAUAGUGAAUUUAAUUCCUGUGCAGUGAGUUUGGGAACUCAGCGACAGAAACAGUCAGGAACACCUGAAUUUCCUAACUUACAAGGAUACAAAGAUACUGAAGUACUGAGACAAACAUGUUCAUCAAAACUGCCUGGCUCUGCAGUGAAAGGCCCAGAGAGAGCCAGUGCACUGCAGGCAUUUAAGCCCAGUUUUCAACAAAAUCAAUUUAAGAAAACAGUGUUGGGUAACACUCCAGGAGAAAAUGCUCUGAAGGAAGCCCCCUUCCAUCAGUUAAAGGCCAAAGAUAAUUCUUUAAGAAUCAUUUCUGCAGUCAUUGAAAGCAUGAGGUACUGGCGUGCACAAGUGCAGAAAACCGUACUUCUUUUUGAAAUAUUAGCUGUCCUGGAUUCAGCUGUCACACCUGGCCCACAGUAUUCAAAGACUUUUCUCAUGAGAGAUGGGAAAAAUACUCUUCCAUGUGUAUUUUAUGAAAUUGAUCGAGAACUUCCAAGACUAAUCAGAGGCCGAGUUCACAGAUGUGUUGGACACUAUGAUCCAGACAAGAACAUUUUCAAGUGUGUUUCUGUUAGACCAGCAUCUGCUUCUGAACAAAAGACUUUCCAAGCAUUUGUUACAAUUGUGGAUGCUGAGAUGAAGUAUCAUACUAAAGCAGUGAAUGAAAUGUAAAUAGUGUCUAAGGGAGUUAUUACAGUAUAAACUAAAGCAUUUUAUGUUAUUAAUUUAGCACUUGCACUGUUUUAUCACUCCUUAUUUUCUGCAUUUCACUUUUUUUAUAAAAAUAAACUUUUUCUUAUAGAUUUGA